AUGGUUUCCAUCGAAGACUUGCCGUCUUAUUACAAGGAGCCCGUUGAGAAGAUCAGAGCAGAUCAAUAUCCGCUACUGAAAGAUACAACCUACCUCGAUCAUGCAGGGACAACUCUCUAUGCAAAGUUGCUGAUAGAGUCAUUCUCCCAGAGCAUGACGAGCAACCUCUUUGGGAAUCCUCACUCAGCGUCUUCAUCUUCCCAGUUAUCCACCAGUCUAAUAGACGAUGCACGGCUACGAGUUCUUCGUUUUUGUAGCGCAAGCCCGGAAGACUUUGACGUUGUCUUUGUGGCCAACGCAACUGCUGGUAUAAAGCUCGUUGCAGAAAGUUUGCGAGACUAUGAACCUGGGGGGUUCUGGUACGGAUAUCAUGUCGAUUCUCAUACCAGCAUGGUUGGGGUCAGAAACAUGGCAGAUCGCGGAAACAGAUGCUUUGUUGCCGAUAACGAGGUAACCAGCUGGAUUAGUGAACUUCGUAAAGGCUACAAUACUUCAAGGUCUGCCCACCCGACCCUUUUUGCAUAUCCAGGCCAAUCAAACAUGACCGGUCGCCGGUUGCCAUUGAGCUGGUGCAGGGAAUUCCGUGCCUGCACAGACAAUGAUGGGAAGCAGAUAGCUUUCACCUUAUUUGAUGCUGCAUCUCUAGCCUCUACCUCCCCUCUUGAUUUAAGUGACACAGCCUGUGCACCAGAUUUCACUGUUAUCAGCUUCUAUAAAAUCUUUGGCUUUCCUGACCUCGGAGCCCUUAUCGUUCGCAAAGAUGCCGGCCAUCUUUUCCGGAAUAGAAAGUACUUCGGCGGGGGUACAGUCGGAAUGGUCUUGACUAUCGGAGAACAGUGGCAUGCCAAGAAGGAUUCUACCCUUCAUGAUCAGCUUGAGGAUGGCACGCUGCCUUUUCAUAAUAUCGUGGCCUUGCAUUCCGCCUUUGACGUACAUGAGCGUAUUUACUCUUCCAUGGAUAACAUAUCUCGCCAUACUGCAGAAUUGGCUGGGAUCUUAUAUUCUGGGCUGUCAUCUCUGGAGCAUGGAAAUGGUACAAAGGUCUGCGAGAUUUACAAAGGACCGGGUGAGUAUAUGGAACGUGCUCUCCAAGGUCCUAUUGUAUCUUUCAAUUUGAAAAACAGCACUGGAGACUGGAUACGGAAGUCAGAUGUGGAGAAGCUAGCUGCUGUCAAAAAUAUUCAGAUCCGGUCCGGGACUCUAUGCAAUCCUGGCGGGAUGGCGUAUUAUCUUGGGUUGAAGGCAGAUGAUAUGAAACGCAAUUAUAACGCUGGGCAGCGCUGUGGGGAUGACAAUGAUAUCAUUUCCGGAAAACCUACUGGCGGUCUUCGGAUCAGCCUAGGUGCCAUGACAUCUAGGCAAGACAUUGAUACCUUUCUUGACUUCAUUCGAAAUUUCUAUGUGGAAGAUCCCGUCGUUAGCGAACCUGAACCUCGAGGUGGAGUUUUAGCACCCUCCGUUCAAGCAUUACCUUCGAAGUUUUAUAUAGAGAAACUCUGUAUUUAUCCAAUUAAGAGCUGUGGAGCAUUCACCAUCCCUGACUUGAUGGAAUGGGAUGUCAAACCAGAAGGGCUAGCCUGGGACAGAGCAUGGUGUUUGAUACAUCAAGGAACUGGUUCUGCUCUCAACCAGAAAAGAUACCCCCGAAUGGCACUGAUACGGCCGGUUAUUGAUCUCGCCAGGGGCAUGUUACGAGUCAACUUACCAACCCCGGGCUCAUACGGAGAUUCUAUGGAAAUACCGUUAGCCGUCAAUUCCACAGAUCUCGUCGAAGGAGAGAUAUGCAAAAAUAUCACAAAUCAGCAAUCUACAGUAUGUGGAGAUAAGGUCUCUGUGCAAGUGUACAAAUCUGCUCGACUCUCAGCCUUUCUCUCUGAUUUCCUUGGUGUUCCUUGUAUGCUUGCAAGAUUUCCAUCGCACCAGAACCAUUCGUUAGCCCGAUUUUCUAAACCAUACCGAAAUCCCGGCAGAGGACUUAUACAUACGCUAGAUACAAUGGACAAGAUCCCUGGUUCGUUUCCCGAACCUGUUGCAUCGGGUUCACAGCGUCCUAUACUCCUAUCCAACGAGGGGCCUAUCCUCAUAAUAUCCCGUUCAAGCGUUAACAAAGUCAACGAAACUAUAAAGUCUUCUGGAAAGCCAAAUUCCACCUCUAAAACAGUUGCAGCGGACGUAUUCCGGGCAAACAUCAUUGUCUGCGAAACAAAGCCUGCCCUCACGCCCAAACUCACUCCAGCCUAUCGGUCAUCAACCGCUUCUGAACAUCCCUAUAUAGAAGAGUUAUGGACCGGAUUUCAAGCAGGAGGUGCUCAUUUUGACGCUCUCGGGUCUUGUCAGAGGUGUCAAAUGAUUUGUAUUGACCAGCAGACCGCUGCACGCAGCGACGAGCCUUUCUCUACGUUGGCAAAGACUAGGAAGGUUGAAGGAAAGGUUUACUUUGGUAAACACGUUUGUUUGUCCAAUGCAUCUGAUGAUAAGCGUUUAACGAUCAGAACAGGCGAACUCGUGACUCCAUUCUAUGACUGA